AUGCCCUCAUACAACGAGUACCUCCAUGAGUCCCUGAGACUCCUAUACGAGUACCUGCUGAACUUCAAAAUAUCAAUUGACCUAAUCCAGAAGCUUGCACAACAUCUCAGACUCGAUACUUUCGUUGAUUCUGAGGUCACUGACCCAGAAACAAACCAGCUGGUGAAGAGACUCUCCAUAGCAGGAUCCUUGUUAUUGGUCGAUAUCGACUUUAAGGAUCAAAAUACGGUAACUAAGGUCUCGCUAGCUUCGGGAAACCAUCUGACCAGUGCCGUCAAUACAGCUCUGUCCCACCUGGAGGAGAAGUCUGUGAUUUCCACAACCAAGAUCGACAACACCACUGUCGUGAGGGUGAACUUCUUGGACGAAAACGUAUUGUCAUUUCUCAAUGUCAGAGGCGAUGACGACAGGUCAGUCGCUGAAAAGAUCCUCAAAGAGAACCUCAAUGGACCGAGACUUGGGAACUUUCCACUCAAUCUCAAAUACUUGGCUAAUCUCGACCGUUUGUCUCCCCCGGAGGGCGACUUGGUCUUGUAUUUGGACAACAUAGCCAAGUACUUGGAGGUGAUACACAUGCAAGAGUGCAAGUUGAAUCCUGACGAUGAUGGUGUCAAGUCUGGUCAAACCAGUUUACUAGGCAGAUUGUUGUAUAACGACGCGGACUCCCAUGAACUCGGUGUGUUUCUCCAAUUUUGGAAAACCCAUAACAAAUUCCCUGAGAACGAAAGGAGUUACUUCAAGCCCAAGACAUAUGUGGGUCGCCUCAGCGUAAUUGAAUCGGAGAACCCAGCCAGAGACUACCUAAAGGAAGCCACCAAGGCUCUUUGGGAGCCAAAGGAUAAAGACGGCAACUUCCUCGAAUAUAAGAUCACCUUCGACGAUGACAAGCACUUGCCGAAAGGUGUUCCCGUGAGUGGACCUAAUACUCGCAAUUGGCUGCUCCAAUUUGGCCUCAACGAGGCGGUAUACCUACCGAGAGAAAUCGUGGAUUACUUGGAUUUCGAUGCUGUUGAAGAGGCAGAGGAACCCGCUUUGAAAGAGGUCUUCAGCAAAAUCGAAAAAUUCGGAUCGGUGGACUUUGCUCUUGAAUCUGGUCCAACUAUUCUGCUUGAUCUCAGCUCAUACUCGAGCUUCGUGCCUGUUUCUGCUUUCACUCUUUCAAGCUUGAAUAGCAUCUCCAAAUUGUUGCCAUCGCUUAGAAACUUCAUCUUGCUUACUUCCUGGGUUGAGAGUGUGGUGAAGCAGCCAGAAUGUCAAGUUGUGGGUUCGACUGAGACUGACAACAAGAAACAGAGAGAUCACCCAGCGCUCACAGAAGAAGAGCUUCUUGGCCUCAAUACAAUGUCAGAGAGCAAUAACUAUGUCGGUGUGCAAGUUCUAGAUUCCAACACGAACACAGAUUUAGAGGACUUUGUGAAGCAAGAGGAUGAAGACGAGAACAUGGACAAGGAUAAUGUUGAAAGUACUGCUGUGACCCCUGUUCCUCAAGAGCCAUAUCUCAGAAUUUACCUUGACGUCUCUUUCUCAAGUAAGGACAUCGACUUGCAGUUUGCAGUUUCUGCAAGGACAUCUUCUGGAAGCGCAUUUGAGGCGGGAUUCAAGCUCCAAAACGGUGCAUUUGUCAAGGAAGACUAUUCCGAAAAACCACAGGCCAAACGAUUAAUCAACGCCCUUGAGCUCAGCGAAGAUCUCCUGCUUGCCCUGAAGAUUGUGAACUAA